ACAGAAACUGAAAAACUGUAAAAUGAUUUCUUCAGUGAAUUAUAUAUUAAAUUAUACAUAGAUUCUAGAAGUAGAUCUAUAUUUAAAUAUUUCGCUUGCUGUCAAAGGUUUUUAGAAUUAAGCUCAAGUAAAUGAUCUACAUGGAAAUGAAGCUCCUCAUCCCCGCAUUAUGUUUGACAUGGAAUUACUGUGUCAUAUCAGUUUUAUCCCGUUCCUUCCACUGGGGGAACCUGUUCGUGGUGCAGUUUCCCCACACGCGAGAUGGGCGGGUGAUCUUCUACCCCCUGACCAUGUCCCUGGAUGCCUUCAGCGUCAACAUCAGAACGGCCUACUACUACUACGCCUUUGACCACAACGUGGACGAGCAGUCCAGGCUUGUCCUGCUGGAGAGGAUGAGAGUAGAGCCAGUGGUCUUCGAGGGAUUAGUACAGCCACGGAAAACAGUGGGCAAAACGUAUGCGUUCGUGGCCCACAGCGACGUGAGGAGGCGGGACCUGUUCUCCCUGACUGUCCAGCUGCUCAGCACCACGCUAGUCCGGUCUGUGUCUGAGAUGCUAGUCCUGCCAGUGGCGGCCUUUGGCAGGUCGUACUACCUGUUCCAGCCCAUGUAG